CACGUCCAGUAAGACGUUUCCAUGGUGACGCGACCAGGAAGUGAGACGGACGUAAAAAGAAGUUCUUUUCGUUUUAUUUUAGCAAAUGAAAAUUGCGCCUUUCGUAUUUUGAUUUUGAGUUUUAUCGCUGUUUUAUUUCAGUUUGUUUUAAUGAGCAGAGCAUGUCUGCCCCUGAGACCAGAGUCAGCUCAGCCCCGGGUUCAUGGAGGCCGAGACCAACACUGGAGCACAGAGAGCUGAGCUUGGAAACCCCAGCAGAGAGCAGAAACACACGGCUUCCUCCUUUCAACGACCAAGUGAUCCCAGAUGAACUGCUGCUCAGCCUCAGCUCCACUGUGUGCAACAGGAGCUCAGUAGGACACACUGCACACCAGCGACAAUGCAAAGACUGUGGACUGAGACGACCAGAUCCGGUCUGGCAUCGCCCGUGUGGACGUAGGAAAUACAGACACUUCCUUGAACAGCCGACUUCCCUGAGCGGAGCAGGCAGGGAUAUUUCCUUCCUGUGUGAUGCCAUGGUGAGUGCAAAGAAAACAACACAUCUCCCCCCACUGACUGACAGGAACACCAGCGACUUACAGGACUUGAGUAUUUCUGAAUGUCUGAUCCCAGAAGAAUAUCGCGUUGUGAAAAAUGAAGGUCUACGAAGUCUGGAGUUGUUUGAAGAUGCUUUCACGGUGCAGCUGCAGGACGACCAACACAAACUACGAGUCUUUCCUUCACUACGACCCAGUGGCAGACAAGAGGCAGUGCAGCUGAUGAGGAUGAUGGAUGACAUGUUGGAGAAGGCUGGGGUGGAUCAGCAGGGAGAGGAGCUGACUCAGCUAUCACAGAUGGAGGGUCUGCUGGAGCUGGUGCAGGCCGAGCAGAACAUCUACAACAUCGUGUUCCAUGAAGCGAUCAGGCAGGUCAGCGUUGGCUGUGCUGAGAGAGGACAGCUGCUCGCCAAACUCAGACAGCGUUACCAGUCACUGCUGGAGCGAAUCCCCCGCCGUCUGAAGGCCCUUCACACUGAGGCUUUGGCACAGCGAGCACUGGAUCGCAGGCUCACUGAAGAGAUCCAUCACAUCAAGGAUAACUUCCAGCAACUCAGCAUGGAACUGUCCAGGAUCAGAGACCACGAUGUGUUUGUUUCCCAGCAAACAGAACUUGCUCAUGAGCACCUAACCGACGAGCUUCAACAAGCACAAACCAGCUCAGAUGUGGUCCAGGGCUACCAUGAGCUGUAUGAGCUACAGAGAAGUCGCCUCGAAGCUCAGCUCCUCCAGACGACAGCGGAGAGAGAUUCCUGGAGUCAGCUGACCUACAGCCUCGCCCUCAAGGUGAUCAACAUGAAGAAGCUGGAGCUUGUCAGACGACUGCACCUUCACGAGCAGAGCUGGUUCAGAACGGCAGAAAACUGCGUCUUUUACCUCACAUCGAAGGACACGGAGGACAUGAACAUCAUCAUGGAGCUCACGGACCAUUGGACAGAACAGCUGGGUGCCUUCAUGGCCCAGAUGAAAAAGAUGGAGAACAUUCAGUGUGAAGAGAUGAACAUUAUCCAAAAAGGCAUCAAGAAGAUGAUCGCCAUCUGCUCUGCAGAGAACAGGAGUCAUGACCCCAAGGAGGUAAAAGACACCCUGGAAGGUGUUCAUGCUGAUUUAAAGAAGUGGUCCAGAAUGUUAACGGAACUGUCUGAACAUUACGAAGGUGAGGAGCUUUUUUGUCGGCAGCAGACGCUGGAGGAGCUCGGCCAAGUCCAGGAGAGGUGGUUGAAUAUGAGUCUCCAGCUGCUCGGCAGACACCGUGGUCCUAAUGGUGAGGCACCCGAAAGUGAACAGGUCCAAAAGGACCUGGUCAGGGUUCUGUCGGAGCUUCUCAAACAGCUGGACACACAGGCCAGUGGAGAAAAUGGGACGUAUGGACGGGUGAUGUCACUGCUGGGGUCUAUGGAUUCCUGGGUUUCCAAGGUUAACGCAGUAAAUUACCAGACAGACACAAUGUCGGCUUCUGAUUGGCUGCAGCUGGAGAAAGACCUCUGUUCAUGGCAGAGUUCUGCUGAAGAAGUUUCACAGAAUAUUUCCAGCAAGAAGACGAAAGAAGAAGGAGAAAGCGAUGGGUCCAAACACACACCAAACAUACAUCUGGUUGUUCCUUUUAUGAUCAACAGUACAGAGACAGAGGAGGUCGUGGACAGAGUGAAGGAGUUUAUAACCAAUCUUUAUAAGUUCACUGAUGGUGACAACCACAGACUCACUGAGGAGGUCAGAUCUAUUCACACUGCUCAAACCCGUUGGAUGUUUAACCUUCUGCUCCUGAUGGUACCUGACCACUGUGAGGAGCAGGACCACGAUCCUCUGAACAUUAGUAACGUCUCAGUGAAGACCCUGGAGGCAGAGGCCAAACUUCUGUCUGACAAAGUGGAAAGUUUUUCUGGAAUCAUCACAAGCGUGUACAAGCUGGUUAUGGAGCAGCAGACUUUGUCACAUCAAACUGAGAAUGAUGAUGAGAUGGAUGAGUGCAGGAAGCUACAGAAUGAGAGCACGGACUGGACAGAGACCUGUGUAAUCCUGCUCUCAGGGUUUAAAGGCGAUAAUGUGGAGGUGCAGCCUGUCACCUCCUCCAGGAGUUAUAUCUCAGCUUUGCCAGGAGAUGGCAGCCAGACUUCAGAGAAGGGAGAUCUGUCAGUAGAUCCUCUCACGUCCACCGAGGACAAAGAUAAAACUGAGGCAGAACUGAGAAAUAGCAAAAGUGAGGAACACGAAAAACUACAUCGAGGCACAUGUGAGGAGGAGCUGUCAGUUGGUGAGUCAGCAGUGUUGAAGUUCAUUGACUAUGAUGGAAAUAUCGCUCAGAGGAGUCUGGAUGAAAGCAGCAUCCACCUGAGUGAGACCGGGGAACUGGUGGUCUCUGCAGCGACAGAGGACACUCAAACGGCUUUCAGUGACCUGAACACUAUCACAUUAUUACAGCAGGAACUCCAUGACUCUGAGCUACGGCUCCAGAAAACAGAGCAGCGAGCUCUAAAAGCUGAAGAAGACCUUCAGGCGGCGAUGGAGAAGAUUCUAGAGCUGGAGAAACAACUGAAAGGUCGGCCCAGUCUGGAGUUCAAGAGUGAUGACGAAACAAAGAAAACACCAACACCUCCACCACUCUCCCCAUCUCCACCGCCUCCCCCGCCAGCAGCAGUUCACCAGCAUCCUCCCAAAAAAACAAACCCUGAGGGCAGAUCCACAAACAGCAAAAGGGCGAAGAAACGCUGAUCUGUUUUUUUUUUAAAUGCUGCUCGAGAAAAAGAAU